AUGUCAAGAAGGUCCUUGUCGCAAUUGUCGAAGGGCAAAUCAGACAUGCAGGCAAGUGACUGCGCUCGAAAGCUAUGCUACCUCCCACUGACCGCGCCCCAAAGAGCACGAGUUUCGGCUCGGCAACGUGCUGCGAACAACUUUCUGAGUCCAAACAACAGGAAUACCGACGAUCAUGGAAUACCACAGUCCUCACCAGAAUCGGUUGGAUAUAUGGGCGAAGAGAGUUUUCUUCGGAAUCCCAGCGUCCCCCCUUUCGUUGAUGAUUCUGCUGCAGAAACGACUAGCUGGGCUGAGAAGAUCCUGCAUCUGACAGGAGCAACCAUCCCCCCAUCCAAUAUGCUGGUGGCGGCAUUGGCAGACUUAUAUUUUGAACAUGUCUAUCCUCACCAACCCAUUGUUGACCGCGCAGAUCUAGUGAAGUACCAAAGCUCUCCUUUGCUGCUUCACGCCAUUUGUGUCAUCGGGAGUUCCUACGGCCACCCUAGGGCGUCUGUAAGCCAACUGAAGGCGGCAAACUCGUUUUAUCUGAAAGCAAAAACUCUAUUGGACACCGAACAUGAGAAAGAUAAUCUGGUCACCCUCAAGGCAUUGUGCUUGUUGACCUGUCGGAGUGUUCGUUUGCCUACACAUAUUAGCCUCCAGAGUAACUGGCAUUGGCAAGGAGCUGCCGUACGCUAUGCCAUUCACAUGGGCCUCCAUAAAGAGACAACUUAUGCAUCGAGAGAGGCUGCAGGCUGUUGUAGAAGGAUAUGGUGGCAAUUAUUCAAUCAUGACAAAAUGUCUUCAUUUUGUUAUGGCAGACCAGCAGCCAUAAACAUCCGCGAGACUGACGUUCAUAAGCCUUCUCAAGCUGAUUUCCCAAGCUACCAUCCCGAUAACGAUAUAUUCAUCGCCAAAACCGAACUAUCAAUUGUUCUCGGCAGACUCGCAGAUGCUCGAUAUGCCGCGAGUUCGUCCGAGGCUGAACUAAAUAGCAUUGGUGAUGCACUCAAGGAUUGGAUUCAAGGGCUUCCUGCUGCGUUACAACUAUAUGAUGGCGCCGACCGAAACCCAUUUCGAAGAGUCAUAUCUGAACUACAUAUCCUCUAUUUUGCCUGCUUGAUCAUCUAUCUUCAAGCUUUAGCAAAGCUAGAUUCGAGCUCUGGACCUUCCAAGGAAACCUUGGAAGGAUGUGUGGACGCCGCGUCACAGAUUGCACGACUGUUCGAAGAAGUCGAGCUACGCAACGAGGUUACAUACCUUGCGCCUAUCAACAACUGGUAUUGCCUGCUCGCCGGGGUAAUCCAGAUCCGUGCUCGAGCAACUUUUCCUGACAAAAAAGCAUCAAGGACAGAAGAACUACAAGCAAUCAAGAAUGUACUCAAGCAGAUGACAGCUUGUGUUCCAAGCUCAAACCUCAUCCUCAAGAACCUCGAACGCUGCGAGCGUGUCUCAAGAGAUCUUCCAGACCCUUUCGGCAUUGGCUCGAAGCACACCACGUAUCCGCAACUAAAUAAAGAUGACACCGUCACGGUCGAUACCUCGACUCCUAAGUCGCCUUUCGGGCCAUCCAGUGGGCAGACGAUAGAACCUUUCUCUCAGAAUGCCGGAGUUGGCGUCAACGGCCCCAUAUUCACCCCUAUUGAGAAUUGGGCUUUUGACGACACCUUCGAUUUUGACUUCGGCGACAUGCGAUUCGACACUUCAAUUGCGGAAGAAAUUAUAUCAGCUCCAACUGACCAAUCGUCCUUCAUUAGCUAG